CGGAAAGCUAACCAAACGUGGCCCAACUUUCUCUCUUGCACUUUCCUGUCUUCCAUUUCCUCCCCCAAAAUCUGCAACUACCCGGUUCCAAAAUCUACAACAAUACGUAGCCAUGGCCUCUGUACUUCAAUCUAGACUUCCUCUCUAUCACUCCUCACCAUCCCCAUCGUCAUAUUGUAGUUCUACUUUCACUUGUUUCUUUCCAAUUAACCCAAGAGCUCAAAGUAUUCAUACUCAAAUGUUUCACAGCAAAAAGAACUAUCAUAGCAAGAAAGACCUUCUUUGCAAGUCGGCCCUCGAUAAAGUCUCGGUAAUUGACCCUCCUGGUAAUGAUGUCGAAGGAUCGAAAACUGAGAUCAUUGGGGCCUUGAAGCUCAAAUUGCUGAGUGCUGUUUCUGGGCUAAACAGAGGUCUUGCUGCUAGUGAAGAUGAUUUACAGAAGGCAGAUUCGGCUGCCAAGGAGCUUGAAGGUGUGGGAGGACCUGUAGAUCUCUCAGUUGAACUUGAUAAACUGCAAGGAAGGUGGAAACUGAUAUAUAGCAGUGCAUUCUCAUCUCGCACUCUAGGUGGAAGCCGUCCUGGCCCCCCAACUGGAAGACUUCUUCCCAUUAUUCUUGGCCAGGUGUGCUUGAAAAAGGCUUUGGCUUUUUGUGCUUUUAUUUGUUUAGCGCUCAAAUUUCAAAUGAUCCAAUAUAAUCAAAUUCAUUGGAUGCGCAGAAAGUGAAUACAAAAUAUAGCCUGCUGUUGCUUAUAUUUUUCUAUCAUCUUAUUACAUGCAGUUGCGGAGCCAUCUUACAUGCAAGGAGGACCAUGGCCAUACGAAGUUUCUAACAUUAUCUAUUAGUCCGUUAGAUUUUGUGUUAUUCAUUGAAAAUUGUUAGGCUGACGUCUUUUAUUUUUGUAAAUUUUUAAUAUGACCCAGGAUAAUUCUACAUUCUAUAUUUUCUCGCUUUUAGGUGGCCCCCUACUUCGAAAAUUCUAAAUCUACCACUGAUUCCAUGGUUUGUUUUGAUCAGGUGUUUCAACGGAUUGACAUCUUAAGCAAAGAUUUUGAUAAUAUAGCAGAGCUUCAAUUAGGCACUCCGUGGCCUCUUCCACCUGUUGAGGUGACAGCCACCUUAGCCCACAAAUUUGAAGUCCUAGGAUCUUCCAAAAUUAAGAUAGUAUUUGAGAAAACAACUGUAAAGACGACAGGAAAUUUAUCACAACUUCCACCAUUGGAUGUACCUCGGAUACCAGAUGCACUAAGGCCAGCAUCUAAUACAGGUUCAGGUGAAUUUGAAGUUACCUACCUCGACUCUGAUACCCGCGUAACAAGGGGAGACCGGGGAGAGCUUCGUGUUUUUGUGAUCUCUUAAGUUUUGAAGAUGGGCAGUUUUCGAACCAUUGUUUGAAAUUCGAACUUCUGUCUGUAAUAGCAACUUCCUCUCUUUCCCUCUCCUUUUUUUUUUUUUUUUUUUUUAUGUAUAUCAAAUUGUAUAGAGAGAUUCAACAUGGACAACUGCUUUAAAAGUAGAAAUAUUGUAUGACAGUGUAUUCAUAGGUCUAUCAACUGUAAUGAUUCAUGUGUAGGGCCUUUGAAAGUCUCAGUAAACUAGCUAUCCAGCUGAAGGAAUGUCAUGUUUCUUUCUCUCGCCCAUGUCUGUCCAUUCUUUUUUCUUCUUUUUUUUUUUUUUU